GACCACACACUCCAAUACUAUAUCAUAAUAUUAACUUACACCGAAAAUACUACCAUAGAGAAUUUACCGCGUAAUCAAUCCAAACAGAAUCUGUGUGCAGUGUCAACUGAAUUCAUUCAUUUAGGCAUAAUUCAGUAUAAACCAUGCAAACACUACUCUAUUACAAGUUUUAUACAUAAUAUUUUCUUUUCUAUUUACCGAACACAUUGAACACUGUUUCUUUAAAGUAAACAUAACGAUGUAGUAAAUAAAUCAGAGAAAUUAAUUGCCAUGGGAACAGUUGUGUCGAUCGCAGUGUUACUGCACGGUGUAGUGCUCAGUCGACAUCACGACAUGUCCUUGGGCGGGGCGCAGCCCGAGGGCGAGGGCGGCGAGGCGGCCGAGUGUCAGCUAACACUGCACCACCCGUGCUCUUUCAAGCUUCGGUUUGCCGAACAUCGGGAACUUGGCAGAUCCUAUGUAUCCCUAGUGAAACCUCUCAGGCUGCCGGCAACAGUGACUGGUAAAUUUUAUUCCCGUGAAAGGACGCGGUCUGUCGACGAGGCGAUGGAGCGAGACGCUCUGAGACGCAUCGAGGACAUGUUCAGAGCGGGCCCGAGGGAGAAACAUAGCGCGCCGCUCACGGCCUCGCACCAAUACGGGUGGUGGUGGGAGCACGGCGCGCGUAUGUCGUCUACGAGCUUCGCAGACCGCCGACUGCAUCACCACAUAAGAGACUCGGGCUGGUUGAAGGCCCGCCUGACUGUGCUCGCCGCCGAUGACAAACUCAAGCAAAAAUAACAUUUCAAUUACCAGUUUUAUGUAAUUUUUUAAUGAAUAUAAAAUACUACAUUAUAUUGAUUCAAUAUUUUUUUCAGUUAACACAAAUAAUUCGAUAUAGUGAUUUGUGUAUCUAUGACCAUGUACAACUUUAUCACUUAGAAUAUGGAUUAUAAGAGAUUAUAUGAUUUAUGUUAUCAUA